AUGGGCAAUGGUAUCAUCUAUAAAAAACAACCCGGUGUCCAAACUUGCUCCCAGUCUCGUAAAAUUACGGUGAUACCUUAUGAGCGCUGGUUAUAUUCCGAAGCCAAACGAUGGGGACAUUUCAAACAAUUCAAUCCAUUUUCGACCAACACCGACGAUCAAAAUGUUAACACGCCGACACCAUCAAACUUAUCCUCGAGUUCUCUUUCUUCGUCCUUUGUUUCUUCAUCUUCAACUCCAACAUCAUCGUUACUAACGACUGAUAAUACUUUUUCAAAAUCUACUAAUCCAAGAAAUCGUUUUUCAAAUAAUGAUCGAGACUCACAAUUGUCUGGUGUGCCAGUCGGAUCAUCUCUGUCCGCUUCGCAAUUAUCCAAUUCCAUCAAUGGAAUAUCGUGCUCAGCAGCGUCCCUCGUUGAAAAAGAACAAUUACAAAAGCCAAUUUACUACAUAAAUGGACGAUUUUUCAAAACAUUAACCCGACUUGGUGAUUCGCAGUUUAUUCUGAGUGAAUAUGGCCAAGAUGAUAUUAUUUUAACAAUACCAUCAAAUAUUGAACGUUAUCGAACGAAUGACAAUGCUAUUCGAGAUCGUAUAUUACGCUUAAAUCGCGUGAUUGGUUGCUGUGAUGAAUUUAUUGUAUUUCAACUGUGGAAAGGCAACAAUGAAGUUGAAAUAUUUAUAUUCGAUUAUUCCAUUGAAUCUAUAGCAAAAAAAGAACUAAAAUGUACAUGUAAUCAGAAUAAUAAUCGUUGCCGAUCACCACCAAUUCGUUUACCUGAACCCAAAAAAGAGACUAUUGUUUCUGUUACCACUCCGAUAAAUAGACACAGUGCAUUAAUGGAAUCAGCAUCAUUGAGUGCUUAUCAUAUUCAUAAUACGGAUGCGCGAAGUUUAUCAUUCAAAUCAUUUUCAAUGUUAAAUGGUACUUAUAGCAGUACAACAGAUGAUUUUGACGAUAUCGCAAACCGAACGACGGAUAUUGAUAAACAAUUUUAUAUUGCUGAUAAUACAAAAAAAGCUUCAUUUUUAACCGGUUCAGCUCGAUGUACUCUUGCAUCGGGUUCAUCUAGUCAUAACUGUUCGAUAACUUCAAAUUUUCAACGAUCAACUCCAACAAUAACACAAAAUAAUUCCCGUUUUUCACCACAUAGUCUAUUACGAUUCAGUUCAUGUCCUCGUAAAUUAAUCUCAUUAUCAAAUACGACAAAUAAUAACAGGAAUUCUUCAUCAAAUAAUACUCGUUCAUAUUCAUUAUCAAAUACCAAUGAAGUAUUAACGGUAUUAACAAAACCAUCCAAUGUUUCCUUACAAAGUCAUCGUUCUACAUCUUAUUUAACAUCAUUAACAUGUCCACACCAUGCAUCCUCUACAUGUACAUCAUGGUCAGAUGUUUCUACACGUCAACCAUCUCCGACAAACAUCACCACUACACUAAAUAAUCGUAUCGUUCGAAAAGUAAAUUCAUUACAACAUCGUUUCAAUGCUCGUUCGUAUACAUGUUUAAUGUCACCUGAUCGUUCACACUUAUUAAUAACACCAGAUUACGAAGACAAACAUUCUUACAGUCAUCAAACACACAGUGAUGUUACAAUCAUACUAAAUGUGAAAUAUUUUACAAUUUUGAGAAUUACACCAGCACGUUAUGAUCAACGUUUUGCAUUUGAUCCACGAUACGGUCACUCUCGUUUAGCUGAAUUUGAUACUGUUCGUGGACAAAUAACGGAUAUAAAACAAGAUCGUGUUAUUGUCUGUUCAAAUCAUACAUUAAAAACAAAAGUUUAUCGAGUAGAGUAUACCAAUGAUGGUUAUUUGAUUAUUGUUUUAUGUACAUUGCCAAUAUUUCAACGUGUUAAACGUAAUUAUUUUUUAUAUAUUUUAAAUUCUUCAACACUAUUACAUACACGAAGUAUUAUUGAUUAUCGAGGACCAUUUCUUUCAUCGUAUGUGUUUACCAAUGAAUUUUCACUCUUAUUUAAUAUUUAUCCAUCAUUAUCAAAUUGUGGUUCCACAUUGGCUGUAUUAAAAAAUAUUGAACCAUCAAUUAACGUUCGUAUUAUUGAAUUAUAUUCACUUCCUUAUACGUGUGUAACAUUGAAAGAGAUAACACGAAGAAAUAUUCUACGAUAUGUUGAUCAGAAACAUGUUCAAUAUUUAUUUUUACCAGAAAAUCUCAAAGCCUAUCUAUCAUAUAAACAUAAAUAUUACUGA